GUGAUGAAGCAACUUGCGCCAAUGCAAGCUGGAUGUAUAUCACCUGGACAUGUGAUAUGGCCCCCCGCUUGACUGAUAGUGCCGCCUCACGCAUGCUGGUGGCUGUACUCCCAGCCGACCGUUAUAUCGUGGAUCCCGAUACAGGCAUUAAUCUCACGUUGCAAUCGGCGUUUAUGCACAUUGCCAACAGCUUCAACCAGCUUACACGGCAAGGAGUCAAAGUUGCAGACCCGACAACCGAUGCUGUGGCUGUUCUGGAUGUGCGAGCCUACGUCACUGGCUUCAGGGGGGACUGGAAAGCGCUGAAGCAAACCUUCAACUUCACACGGUAUGCAGAUCAAGAUUCAGUAUGCUGGAUGUGUCAUGCGACGAAGGGAGCAGCAAACCUUCAAGAUGCAUACACGAAUAUAUCUCCUACAGCACCAUGGAUGUCCACCAUAGGGGCCACUUUACCAUGGAGGUUAACGCCUGCAUAUGCAUCAUUGCUGGGUUUUAACCCCGGGUUCAUCCAGCCAGACUUGCUUCAUAUUUGGCAUUUGGGGACUGGAAGGGAUCUUAUUGGUUCCGCAUUGGUGUAUAUGGUCAAGAGCAACCUUUGCUUUGCUGGUUCGAUUCAGGAUGAACGUCUCGAAAAUGCAACAGCUUCGCUGAAAUCGUAUGCCAAGAGGAUGCGGCUUCCACUUAAGCUCAAAAAACUUUCGAAGUCCAAGUUGAACUGGCGUGCAAGGUGCAUGCCCGAGCUUCGUUCCUCAGGUUACGACACGUUCGUUGUGGGCCGAUGGUUGGCGGACGAAGUGGUCCCGAACCACCAUACCGUGCUACCACAGAACCUUUGCAUAGCCCUUUGGACCUCCGACCGGGUGCUUUCGAUCAUGGCCAAUGGUGGUCGGUGGCUAACAAGAGAUCAACAGCAUGAGAAGGAGCGACUCGGAGGCUUGUUCAUGCGAUCGUACGUGCUUUUAGCAAAGCAAAGCAUUUCGGAGAAAACACGCUUGUAUAGGAUGAGACCGAAGCUGCAUAUUCUGCAUCACAUUCUGAUGUUUGCGCCGCCGUCCCGACUGAACAAUCAUAUGUAUGCUACGUGGAUGGACGAAGACUUCUUGCGCAAGGCCAUGAAAGUACAUAGGAACACAGACCCUAGAAAAGCUUCGCUACGUGUGAUUCAGAGGUACUUGCUAGGGCUUCCAAAGACGUGGCAGGAUAUCUGCAAGCGGCACCAUUCGAUGCGAGAAUAA